UGUCCGUAGCAGUGCCAACACUGCCAGCAUGUCAGACGACGGUGACUACGAUUUAAAACAGAUUUUGAAGAUAGUUGCGUUAUGUGUAGCAUGGUAUUCUUUCAGUGCAGGAGGGAACAUUGUAGGAAAGACAGUUCUGAACGAUUUUCCAUAUCCCAUGACCGUUACGAUGGUACAGUUAAUGUCGAUCGCAUUUUACUUGGGUCCAAUAUUGCGCGUAUGGGAUAUUCCUUUACCGAGUGACAUAUCGUGGAGUUAUUAUGCGAAAAUGAUUAUUCCACUUGCAUUCGGAAAAUUCAUCAAUUCAGUAUCAGCGCAUGUUAGUAUAUGGAAAGUGCCAGUUUCUUAUGCACAUACAGUAAAAGCUACUAUGCCAUUGUUCACAGUAGUUCUUUCAAGAAUAAUAUUGCAUGAAAAGCAAACCACCAAGGUAUAUAUCUCCCUAGUACCUAUCAUCACUGGGGUUUAUAUUGCUACAGUCACUGAGAUUUCAUUUGAUGUUAUUGGUUUGAUAAGUGCCUUAGCUGCAACUUUGGGAUUUGCUAUUCAAAAUAUAUUUUCUAAAAAGUGUUUAAAAGAUACAGGUAUACACCAUCUCAGAUUAUUACUGGUGCUAGCAAGGCUUGCCAUGCUGUUCUUUUUCCCAGUCUGGGUGUUUUAUGACAUUAGGAGAAUUAUGAGGGAUGAUUCUUUGGUCAAACAUGACCACUGGUUACGUGCUGUGAUAUUACUUCUCAUAGAUGGGUUCUGCAACUUUGCCCAAAAUGUUAUAGCAUUCACUGUACUGGCUAUGCUGACCCCACUUAGUUAUGCUGUGGCCAAUGCAACUAAGAGAAUUGUGAUCAUUUUUGUUUCCCUUGCACUCUUGAGAAAUCCAGUCACAUUACUAAAUGUAAUAGGAAUGCUUUGUGCAGUCCUAGGAGUUUUGGCGUAUAAUAAGGCCAAAUUUGACAUGCAUAGGGCUAAGAUGAGAGAGAAAACAUUGCCACUGGUGAGAAGUCAAGUAGAUCUUACACAAAAUCAUUACAAAUUACCAAGAACUUACACAGGUCAUAACCUUCUUCUCGAUCAGCAUACACAUGUGUUAGACUUAGGAAAGGAAUUUACCUCAGAAACUGUUGCAAGAGACAAUGAUCGACUGAACCAUCAGAUAAACAAUGGUGGAAUAUAUCUACAUGUCCACCAUGCUGGAAGGUCAUUACAACACCUUUGAUUAUUUCAUUUAUGAUCUGUCACCUCAUUAUAUUUUAAGUAUUGGCCAAGCAUUUGCCAGGAAAUUAUACCCAUGGGUUUAUAUGAUAAAACAUACUUAACUCAAAAUCACUGGCAGCAUUGUAUGGAAGUUUUUUCUUCAGAUACUUAUUCUCUUGGGAUAACUUUGGAUGUAUGAAGUACCUCAAUGUUGAGAAAAUAACAAAAUAAUUAAACUUAAAAUGCCCAGUACUUCUGUAUUAUUAACCUAAUGCACUUAUUAUAUGUCAUGUCAUACCAUAACCUCACAGCAUGGAUACAAUUCUGUAUUCUAUGCUCUUUUGCAGUAACAUACAUGCAGAACUUCGUGAAAUAUCUCACUUUGCUAUUUAAAGAAUAUAAAUGUUGAUAUUGUGUUCCAGGUAUGGUUUUGUCAAUAAUCAUUGAUUUUAGAUUGUUACAUCAUGAUAUUUAUAGAUAACAAGCAUUUUGGAAGCUGAAUCACGUAUGGUUGGAUAUUUAUACAACAGAAUGAGUGGUAUUAUUUUCUUUUCUUCUGUGAACAGUGGAUAGCUACGUAGUUAAUGAUAUUCAGUUUUAUCUAAGAUUUCCUAGGCCAUAUUGAAAUGCUGUCUAACAGCUUUUUACUCAAAAUGAAUUUGUACAUUUUACAAACUUGUGGGAUUAAAUGAAGAGGAGCAGUUGAGUAGAAAGAGUGCCAAAUUCUUUCUGAAUAACUAGAUACCAUUGUUUUUAUUACAGUCUGUAAACACAUGCUAUUAUAUGUAGAUAUUAUAAAGUUCAUUUAUUUCAGUUUACUCAAAACUGCAAGCAUUUUAUCCAUGAUAUCAUAUGGCGGUACUCUGGUAUUUUCAAACCUCUCAACUUGGGGGCCCACAUGAACUGUAAUGAAGAUAUAUUAAGAUUUUUUGCAACAUUAUUUCGCAUCUUACUUUGUACAUCAGGUAGAAUAAAAUUAAAAUGCUACAGACAAAAAGGUAUGUUCAAUAAAUAUUUAUUUUCUUA